AUGGUUCGGUUGGACCGCGUUUUCGGUAUUCUCCUGGCUGUUAUUGCUUUUUGGUCGGCAUUGCACUACCCUAAAGUUGCUGGAAGUAUUCGCCAUCGCCUUGGUGUCCCAGGCGGUGGCUACCCGGACCCGAGUGACCUGCGGAUUUACGGCGCCGCUGCUGCGGCUUUCUACCUUGUCCUUCAGCCGAUGGAGCGAGCAGGUGCGACAACUACUCUGCUCUCAUUUCGGGGCAAUGACUUGGAAGAUGUUGUACUUUUUAAUGACUACAGCGGGUACCCGAUGCAACAGAACAGCAUUUACUGCCAUCUGUACUUUUACGUUGCUUUCGGCCACCACCUCGCAACGCUUAUCUACAUUCUGAAGUCACCGUGGCUUCCCGACUUCUUUGACCAACUACUGCCUUGUGUUUCUGCUCUUUGUCUCAUCUAUUUCUCGUACAUGAGCAACUUCUUGAGGGUCGGCGUAGUUAUCUUAUUUUGUCACGACAUCUGCGAUAUUUUUACUUUCGGGUGCAAGGCGUUUGUAGACACGCCGUAUCAUAAAGUUACAAUUGGACUUUUUGUGUUGCUAACGAGCUGCUGGUUCUACUUCCGGCUAUACACCUUCCCAUCUGCUGCCCUCUUCCCCAUAUUUAAGGCGAUAAAGACUCGGCCAGACAAUUCUGAGACGGAAAGCAGUAGCUACUUCAUUUUCAUUCUCCUCACACUGAGCCUCAUGAACAUAUAUUGGUUUGUGCUGAUGGUGAAGAUGUUUGUGCACUUCAUCCUCAGUGGUCAGAUGAGAGACUUGCAUUCAAGAGUUUCAGAGGUGGAUUCCUCAGGGCAGCCAAGGGAUCGUCUCGAUGUUAAGCCAUCGAAAGUGGAGUGA